UACAUGUGUGUUUUCUUUUUGCAGAGCCCGAGGCUGCAAUUAGGAACAGACGUUUUAGACUCCAGGGUUGUAUAAGUAGGAAUAAGACAUUUCUGGUAUUUCUAGCGGCUUUUGUCAUUGUUGUGAGCUGUUUUAUAUACAUCGUAUAUAUUCAAACAAAAGCUAACAGGGAUUUGAUGGAAGUACUUCCAUCGUCAAAUGGAAUACUUAGACAGAUACAAUCAGACAAUACGCAGAAACAUUAUCUGAAUAUUGGAAUGCGCCAAGACUAUCUACUCCAAGAUUGUCAAGGGACUCACUUUAAACUUUCGUUUCCGAACAUCGACUAUGCUUUAAUGGGUUACAACAUAUUGCGUGGCUUUCCUCUUGCAACUGGGCAUGACCCUGGCUUUACGUACCCGAUCUUUGCUGCCAAUUACGAAAACGGAAAGCAAACAGCCGAUUGUCGCUAUAGGGUCCCACAAGGUCUUGUUGUGGUCCCGGACGUGUCGUGCAUUACGUCAUUUACAUCAAAAGUCGUUCAAACACUAUACGAGUUUGCAAAUUCACUAUCAGUGUCUGCCAGUGUAAGUGGUGGUGAAUGGGGUGUAAGCUUUUCUGCAAGCGCCGGUUACAAGGAAUCUUCGUCAGAAAUAUCAACUGGAGAGUCAGUUUACAUACUCUCUUCGGCAAGCUGCAAUUAUUACUUCAGCAAACUAGUCAAGCGGUCACCUCCACCACUAGAUCCUGUUUUUCUUAGCUGGGUCAAACGAUUAGAUAAGACAAAUUUAAUUGAUGUAUAUAUAGAAUUUUUUGACACAUAUGGUACCCACUUCCCUACUGAAGUCACAUUUGGAGCAAGAUUUACGUACGAACAUAAAAUGGAAUCAAAGAAAUACGAAAAUCAAAGUGAGAGUGGAGUCAACGUUGCUAUUUCUGCAAGCUACUCUGGUAUUGUUAGUGUUGGCGGAGGAUUUUCUAUGGAUUCUUCACAAAAACAAAAGGCUUCUGAAUUUUCAAAAUCAGUGGAAACGAAAACAAUUUCAGUUGGAGCAGCGCCUCCUGCAAACGGCGACGCAAUGACUUGGGCUUCAACUGUAAAGGAAAGUCCUGUACCAUCUAGUUACAAACUUGCAUCUAUAGAGGAGCUAUUUACAGAGAAGUAUUUGAAUGCUGCAGAAUUGAACGUAAAUCUCGCCCGUGUUGCAAGAACUAUCCGUGAAACAAAGCGUGAUUAUUGCCUAAGUUUGAUAUCUAAAGGUGAGGUGGAGUCAUGCGAAUUACUGUCUCCGGGAUUGAUGCUUGAUCGAACAAGACUUCAUAAACACUAUGAUUCAGUAGUUUUAUCGAACAAAGAAUGCAUCGACCAUUGUUUGAAGCUUAUUGACUGCGUUGCAAUUACAUUUUGUGAUUCUUGUGGAAGUCAAAAUAACCAUUAUCACACUUGCUACAUGUACAGCACAGCAAACUCAAUAUCUGCAGAGGCGGACUACAACUGGAAAGCCAUGCUGUUAAUCGGAAAAUCAAGCAAAAAACUUACACUCGAUGAAACAGAUAUUAAAGGUAGUCCAAGGCAGUUUGAUGCAGAAGAUAUAGACGACAGAAAGAAUAUCACUAUAACAAACUGUGAACAGUUUUGUAUGAAAGAUGCCCAUUGCAUUGCCUACAGCUAUUGCGAUUCCGGCGAAGUUGAACAAAAUUGCAAACUGUACAGUUCUGACAAUGUUAGGGGUUUUGAAGAAAAAUCAAGAACAACGACCAUCUUUGUUGCAAAAUAAGCAGAUCGAUCAAAU